AUCUGCGCCUUAUCAGAGGAGCGAACAGCCGCAACAGCAAUGCUGGAUGAGAAGCAUGACCCAGUUCCGGUAUCCAAUCCGAACGACAACAACUCAUAUACCCUGGGGACUAUCGGCAAGCAUAAUGUUGUCUUGGCCUGUCUGCCCGAAGGCGAGAUAGGGACCAACUCUGCUGCGAGCGUAGCUAUGCAGUUGGUCAGUACUUUCCCAUCAAUCAAGUUCGGUCUCAUGGUUGGAAUCGGCGGCGGUAUCCCACCACACGUCCGACUGGGCGAUAUUGUUGUCAGCAAACCCGUUGGGCAAUACCCGGGAGUCGUUCAAUGGGAUCUCGGCAAGGCUACUGAGAACGGCUUCGUGCGAACUGGGUCGUUGGACCGCCCUCCCAAGGUACUACUGUCAGCUUUGACGACGAUGAAGACCAACCAUGAAAUGGAGGGACACAAAAUAUCUCAAUUCCUAGAGGAACUUGCAAAAAAAUGGCUUAGGUUGGCCUCCAAGUAUACUUGGAAUUAUCGGCUCAAAGAUACCCUGUUCGAACCAGAAAAUACGGAACCCAUCGAUGAUGGAUUGCAAGCAAUAUCCACCAGUUAUUUAACGGAUGGUGAAGAGCCUGGGCGAGCCAAAAGGACCAUUGAUGUCAACACAGUUGUGAUUGAUGACCAAAGAUUGCCCGGUGAUCCAAAAAUUCAUUACGGAUUGAUUGCAUCCGGAAACCAAGUUAUUAAAGACAGUUUCACUAGAGAUGAAAUCAACAGGAGAUUGGGCGGCCAAGUUCUCUGUCUUGAAAUGGAAGCAGCAGGACUGAUGAAUAAUUUCCCAUGUCUUGUCAUUCGAGGAAUAUCCGACUAUGCAGACUCAAAAAAGAAUGAUCAGUGGCGGGGAUAUGCUGCAGCAAUAGCUGCAGCAUUUGCGAAGGAGUUUCUGCAGAUAAUACCGCCUGCUGUAAUUGAGAAAGAACCUUCAGUGGGAGAUGUUUUAAAUAAAGUUCAUGAAGAAAUUGUUGCUACACGAACAGGUGUAGCCCAGCUUAAAUCGAAAUUAGACAGAGAUGAAGACAAAGAAAUACUUGACUGGCUUACGUCAAUGGACUAUGGCCCAUUGCAAAGUAACCAUUUAAAGACACACCAAAGUGGAACGGGACAAUGGUUCCUUGACUUGAAAGAAUUCCAACAUUGGAUUACGGGUAACAAUCAUAUACUGUUUUGUCACGGCAUUCCGGGAUCAGGCAAAACUAUUUUAACUUCUCUAACCAUUAACCACCUCUUCUCCAAGUUUCGAGGAGGUCAUGAGGUGGGCAUGGCUUAUAUCUACUUCGAUUACAAGCGAGUGGAAGAACAGAAACUUGAGAAGCUACUUGCAAGUUUGUUGAAACAGCUUGCGGGAAGUCUACCUUACCUCCCUGAGAGUACAAAGGAACUGUACAGACAGCAUUCCAUCACAAGGACGCGACCAUCGCUUGCGGAGCUUAUAACGGAAUUUGAGUACAUUAUAUCGCAAUACUCAAAAUUGUUUAUCGUCCUUGAUGCUCUCGACGAAUGCCAAUCCUCCGAUUUAGUUCAAUUUUUAUCUAAACUCUCUAAUCUUCAAAAGGACCACGUCGUCAACAUUUUGGCAACCUCGAGACCUAUUCCGAUAAUUGUGGAUUGGUUCAGCAAUGUCAAUAGCACCAAACUUGAGAUUCGCUCCGAAACGAGUGACAUUACGAAGUAUAUAGAAGGCCAUAUAGGGUUGUUGCCCAAUGUUGCCCAAAGAAACCUACCUCUAGCAGAAGAGAUUAAGGUCGUCAUUUCAGAAGCUGCCGAUGGAAUGUUUUUAUUGGCAAAGAUUUACCUUACCCUGCUUCAAGAUAAGAUGACAGUGAAUGAGAUACGAGAGCAAUUAGGGGGCUUCAAAUCACAGACUCAAGGCAAGCAGGACAACCAAAAAAGAGAAAUACUCCGAGAAGCGUACGAGCAAGCAAUCGAGAGAAUCAAUAGUCAAAAGGAAGGGCUUAGAUUCCUCGCAAUGCGAGUUCUAACUUGGGUUACGUUUGUUAAAAGGGAAAUUACCAUACUGGAGCUUCAACAUGCCCUCGCAACGGAAGUUGGAACGCCUACUCUAAACCAUGACUGCUUGCCAGACCUCAAGGAUAUAAGCUAUGUUUGCUUGGGACUAGUCACUGUUGAUGAAUACAGCCACAUAAUUCGACUAGCACACUAUACAGCACAGCAAUAUUUAGAGCGAACGCAAAAUCGUUGGUCUUCCACCGCAAAUGCCACCAUCGCUAGAUGCUGUCUUACCUAUCUUUCAUUCAACGCCUUUGGAUCUGGGGCCUGCCUAUCAGAUGAGGAAUUUGAAGACAGAGUCAAGUCUUUUCCAUUGUAUGAUUAUGCCGCUAAUUGCUGGAUGCAUCAUAUUUCUCAUGACGAAGAGCCAAUCAAGGAGGUCAUGUGUUUCCUUCAAAGCCAAACCAAAGUCGAGGCAUCACUUCAAGCAAUGAAUGCCGUGAAACAACACUCCUUCCAUAAAAAUUACAGUCAAGAAUUUCCAUGGAACAUGCCGAUACUCCACUUAACUAUUUAUUUUAGGCUGGUACAAGUCAUGAAAUCGCUGCUUGAACGAGGCUAUGACCCAGACUCAGAAGAUAGUUCUGGGUGGUCCCCUUUAAUCCGGGCCUCCUAUUAUGGACAAGAAGCUACAGCUAGGCUAUUGAUUGAUGCUGGAGCAGCUCUUGAGGCAAAGGAUGCGAGAACUGGAAGCACACCACUCAUAUGGGCUAUCAAAGGGGGGCAUAUUGCGGUGGUCGAGCUCCUCCUCGAUAGGGGAAGUAACGUUAAUUCACAAGAUCGCAGCGGCCUAACGCCGCUAGCUUUAGCUGCAUUUUAUGACCAAGAGACGAUUGUCAAGUUGCUGCUCCGGAGUGGUGACCCCCAAAUAGGCAUGACCGCAUUGCAUUGGGCUGCGAAGAAAGGGCAUCUAUCCAUUGUCGAACGUUUGGCUAAUGCUGGAGCUGAUCUCGACGCUAAAGAGUCCCAAUAUGGACAUACUCCUUUAGUAUUAGCCAUUCAGGAACAGCAGAAUGAUGUGGUUGAACUUCUAUUGCGGAGAGGGGCAGAUGUCAAUACUAGAGACGGCGGCGAUGGAACGAAGACGCCUAUAAUGGACGCUGCCCUCUAUGGAAAAAUUGAUAUAGUAAAACUGUUGGUGGAAAAGGGUGCUGAUAUUAAUGCCAGAGAUAGCAAUGGUCGAACAGUCCUGCACUAUGCUGCGCUAGGGGGACAGGCCACUAUUAUCCAAAUAUUAAUAGAUAAUGGCGCCGACAUCAACGCGAGAAAUACAGUCGGUGAUUCAGCGUUAUCUAUUGCCGUUCAAGGCGGCCGUGAAGUUGUCGUACGGCUAAUGGCAGAUAUGGACGAAAGAGGUGCCGACAUCAACGCCAUAAGCGAUUACGGCCAAUCACCAUUACUCCAAGCUAUGGCCUCUGGGAAUGGCGAUAUCAUAAAACUGCUAUUAGAGAGAGGCGCUGAUGUUAACGUCCAGAAUGACCUAGGAAACACACCCUUGGUUUUAGCUAGCUCUCGUCGACAUUUCGAUACCGCGAGGCUGUUGAUUGAGAGAGGUGCAGAUGUCAAUGCC